AUGCCGGGGCAGCCGGUGCCUGGUUCUCACCUCGGCUGCGCCGCGAGCCGGCCCGCCUCGGAGCAGAUUGCAUGGGUACACUUUCCCAAAGGGGGGACAUCUCUCGGCACCACAUUGGCGCACUAUGCGAGCAACUCGACGCUCCGACCAGACGCGACCAUGCCCUCCUGCACCCGGGAUGGCUGGAUGUUGCGCGACGAGCUCGGGCGGCAAAUGCCGGCUGGCCAUCGCUGCGCCGGCGCUGCGUCCGAGCUUCAGUUCCUCAGCCGGUUCCCGAUGGCCCACUGGUUUCACUGCCGGUUCUGGGGCAAGGACGAGCAGCCCAAGGGCGCCGGGGGCGCCUUUAACUUUGGCGCGCAUUCGGAGAUAACGCCAGCGGCGCUAUUACCCACCUUCCACAGCGGCACACGACUGCAUCUCGGCUGCAUCUUCUGGUUCCUUGCGGAGUGGGCCCUCUCUGUCUGCCUCUUCCACGCCGCCUUUCCCUCCCCCUGCCGCGCCAUCUCGGAGUUUGGCAAUGCGCGCCAAGGCAGCGGCAGCGCAGCGGAGCGGCGCGCCGUCGCCUCUGACGUCGCCGCAGUACGGGACCCGUACGACGAGGCGCGCGAGAUGGCGAAGAGAUACUGGUGGGGAUGUGGCGACUAUAGUCUUAGACAGACCCGCGAUGAGGCGCGCGAGGCGCUCUACGCGGUUGCAACCGACCUCUUCUGGGCUGCUGUUGAGCAGCACAGCCUCACGCGCGCUGCGUGCGAGCGCAUCUGUCCCGGCGGCGACUUUGAUCGGACGUCGUUCACGCGCGAGGCGAGCGCGGAGCAGGGGUGGGGCAUGGAGCGGGGCGGAGACCGAGGUGUCGGCUCGGGCGAGAGCGUCAACGCGAGCCGCCACGUCCGGCGGCACGGCGACGGUCCGCACAACACGAGCCCCAUCUCGCUGCUGCACGCUGCCGGUGCCGCUCGCGCCGCGGGCAUGAAGUUCGGCAAGGACCUGCAGCAGUACCGCGCGCCCGGGUGGGAGGACGACUACAUCGACUACAAGGAGCUCAAGCUCAUCCUCAAGCGCCUCGAGGACGACGACGCCACCAAGGACGAGGUCGACGCCGAGUUCUUCCAGGCGCUCGAAGACAACCUCGAGAAGGUGAACCGCGCCUUCCUCGAGAAGUGCCAGCACCUCGAGGCGGUCCUCGACCAGACGCCCGUCGGCCGGGAGCGCUGGUCCGCCAAGGAGCCCUCCUCGCGCGCGUCUGGCGGCUCUUGCGGGCCAGGCACGCCGCGCCACCCAGGCACGCCGGCAUCGCUGGCGUCGCUGUCGCUCGGGCCGCCCUCGUCGGGCGCCGCGGACAGGUCUGGCGGCGGCGUGCCUUCGCCAAAGCCGGCUCGGCUCAAGGCGACGCCGCUCGGCGACGGCCGCGAGGGCGACGCGGCGGCGGCGGCGGCGGAGAUUGAGGCGAAGCUAGCGGAGCGCGAGUUCUACGAGGCGUAUCGGAUGCUCGGGCGGCUGCAGACGUACGUCUGGAUCAACACGAAGGGGUUCCAGAAGAUCAUGAAGAAGUACGACAAGCGGAUGGAACUGCUGCUGUAUGACAAGCGGAUGGAGCUGCGCGGCACAGCGCAGGAGCUCGGCCCAGAGUUUGAGGCGCGGCUCGAAAAGGAGGCCUUCUGCUCCGGCAAGAUGAGCAUCCUAGCAGAGAUGUUCAAGUCGCGCCGGCCCGGCGGAGUGUCGUCGAGCGGGAUCGCAGCCGCAGGCAGCCGGCCGCAGCUACAGCUCAUCACGGGCAACGCAAACAGCGAGCUCUCCAGCGAGAUUGCGGCGAGACUUGGGGUGCCUCUCACGCCGGCCAAGAUCGCGCGCUUCCCGGACGGCGAGGUGUCGAUUCAGAUUCUGGAGAACGUGCGCAACUCGGACGUGUACAUCAUACAGCCAACCUGCCCUCCGGUGAACGACAACCUGAUGGAGCUGCUGCUGUGCGCGUCGGCGGUGCGGCGCGCCGCCGCGGCGCGCGUGACGGCCGUGGUGCCGUACUACGGCUACGCAAGGCAAGACCGCAAGGAGCGGUCGCGAGUGCCCAUCUCCGCGGCGGACGUUGCGAAGAUGAUGGAGGCGAUGGGGGUGGACCGGGUGUGCUGCGUCGACCUGCACUGCGGCCAGAUCCAAGGGUUCUUCGGCCCGCGCACGCCGGUGGACAACCUCUGGGCCACGCCGAUCGCGGUGUCCUACUUCAAGACGCGCGAGCUCAACAACGUGGCCGUGGUCUCGCCGGACGCAGGCGGCGUCGCGAGAGCAAAGAUGUUUCGCGAGGGCCUCGAGGCGCAGGGGAUGCGAGCCUCGCUAGCGAUGAUCAUCACGCAGCGAAGGUCGACGGGCGAACUCGGCUCGGAGAUCGCGCAGGCGGACCUCGUCGGCACCGUCACCGGCUGCGACUGCAUCAUCGUCGACGACAUGAUCGACACGGCGGGCACUCUCUUCAUGGCGACGAACGCGCUCAAGUCGUUCGGCGCGUCGCGCGUCUUCGCCUUCGCCACCCACGGCAUCCUCUUCCGCCCGGGGGACGCGAACUCAUGCGUUUGCCUCUUCAACCCGCCCGCCGCCGACCGCAUCGAGGAGUGCGCCAUCGAGGAGGUGAUCGUCGCGAACACCAUCCCGCUGCCGCCGUCGGUGAACCGCGAGGCGAGGAAGGUGCGCCAGAUCAGCGUGGGCAAGCUCCUCGCGCAGGCCAUCAAGUGCAUCCACACGGGCGACUCGGUACAGCGGCUCUUCGACAUGGACGAGGGAGUCAACCUGCUCGCAUGAGAGGGGCGCGUGGACUCGCCGUCUCCCACAUAUCCAUCUGACUUGGGCAAUCGCCCACUGGGGAGGGGUCGAAUCCCUCAGACCGUACCGUAUCUCUGUACACGUUAGAGAGCGAAGUCGUCUAAUGUGAGUGAAUACACAAUUUUCACGAUUUGGUACGUGGGCUCGCGGCGGACACGGGACACUGACAGCUUUUACAGGAAAUGCCAAUCGGCAGAGUUUCUACAAGUC